AAGGAUCCUACAGCUGUAGAAAGAGCAAAUUUACUGAACAUGGCUAAAUUGAGUAUCAAAGGACUCAUUGAAUCAGCUUUGAGCUUUGGCCGAACUCUGGAUUCUGACUACCCACCUUUGCAGCAGUUCUUUGUUGUCAUGGAGCACUGCCUGAAGCAUGGUCUUAAAGUAAGAAAAUCCUUUCUAAGUUACAAUAAAACCAUCUGGGGUCCUCUGGAACUUGUGGAGAAAUUAUAUCCAGAAGCUGAGGAAAUAGCAGCAAGUGUCAGAGACUUGCCUGGCCUUAAUGAAUUUUAUGAGUAUCAUGCACUAAUGAUGGAGGAGGAAGGAGCAGUUAUUGUUGGGCUGUUAGUUGGGUUGAAUGUAAUAGAUGCUAACCUGUGUGUGAAGGGAGAAGACCUAGAUUCACAAGUUGGGGUGAUUGAUUUCUCUGUGUAUUUAAAGAGUGAUGAUGACAUUGGAGGUAAGGAAAGGAAUGUACAGAUUGCUGCAAUUUUGGACCAAAAGAAUUAUGUUGAAGAACUAAACAGACAACUGAAUAGCACAGUUAGCAGUCUACAUGCAAGAGUUGAUUCACUAGAGAAAUCAAACACUAAACUGAUCGAAGAGUUAGCAAUAGCCAAAAACAAUAUAAUUAAACUCCAGGAAGAAAACCACCAAUUAAGGAGUGAAAAUACUCUUAUUUUAAUGAAAACACAGCAUCAUCUGGAGGCAACUAAAGUGGAUGUUGAAGCAGAACUUCAGACAUACAAACACUCCAGGCAGGGUUUAGAUGAAAUGUACAAUGAAGCACGUAGACAGCUUCGAGAAGAAUCACAACUUCGACAAGAUAUGGAGAAUGAGUUAGUGGUUCAAGUUAGUAUGAAACAUGAGAUAGAACUUGCCAUGAAGUUGCUGGAGAAGGACAUCCAUGAGAAGCAGGAUACCCUCAUAGGCCUUCGGCAGCAGCUGGAUGAAGUUAAAGCAAUUAACAUGGAAAUGUAUCAAAAGCUGCAGGUUUCUGAAGAUGCUAUGAAAGAAAAGAAUGAAAUAAUUGGUCGAUUAGAGGAUAAGACUAAUCAAAUUAAUGCAACUAUGAAACAACUAGAACAAAGUGACAAAGAUCUGUUAACUCAAACUAGGACUAUUGCAAUGUCAUUCGUCAAAUGUGCCAGCAAUGAAGCUCAGCACCAGUAUAAACUUGUCAAAGACAUAUCAUUCUGAAAGCUCCUCCAGAUCUGUUGUGUUUAAAUAAUCACUGAUAAAAUAUAACUUAAGAAAUUUAAAAUUACAACUUUAAAUAUAAAGUGGUAUUAGAAAUCCUGCACUGUAACUGAUCGUAGCUGGGUUCUGUUUCGUUUUCUGUAAGAACAUCA